AUGAUUUUCGCAGCGUCCAACGCCCUUUUCGCGGCGUCAUCCUUGCUUUUAUUGGCUCCGGCUCCCGUAAAUGCCAUUACUUACAACGCCUCACAUCACGUCGACUGUUACUCGUCAUUACCAAGUAACUUUGUAGACAACGGAACAUGGACAUAUCAAAGCUCAGGAUACUGCCAGCAACGAUGUGUUCCGAUGGGUUAUUCUGUGAUGGCCAUGACGAAUGGAAACGAUUGUUGGUGCGGUAAUGAACUUCCUGCAAAUUCCACCAAAACCGAUUCAUGUACCGAAUCCUGUGAUGGAUGGCAGAAUGAUGCUUGCGGCGGAAAGAAUGCAUAUGAUGUCUAUCUGACUGGUUUGACCCCGAACGUGCCAAUUGCAGAUUCUGCCGGCGGCACAACCACUAGCUCUGCCACUACCUCUACUACCGGUGGUGUCACCGUCAUCACUCAAGCAGGGCAAACAAUUGUCGUCACGGCAUCCAGCAAUCCCUCUGCGUCGACGAAAUCGUCUGGCGGUACAAGUACCGCUGGUAUCGCUGCAGGCGUCGUCGUAGGCGUUAUUGCCCUAGCAGCAAUCAUUGGUGCCGCCGUAUUCUUCCUACGACGCCGGCAGAAGCAACGCGUUGAAGCUGAAUACAGACGAAACGCCGAAAUCAGCGCGUUUACUCAAAAGAAGCCAACAUCAAUCAGCUCAGAUGCCCGAUGGGAUAGUGACUUUAUGGCUCAACGACGCCAAAGCAACGGCAGUAUCGCCGACGCUGGAGACUUUUCGCGACGCAUUCUCCAGGUCACCAACCCCGAUCGCUGA